AUGUUUAAUAAUAGUCAAAACCCCGAGUUUAACAUUCUAUCAGAUUUGAAUGGUUAUAUUCAACAACUAUUAGAUAUCACACGUCAAGAUGGUGGUAGUAAUAAUGAUAACAAUACAAUAGUUCAAGAUAGAAAUCCAUCACUUUUAAAAAUUUGUUUUUGUGUUGAAAAAAUAUUAAACAGUGGAUUGAAAGAUGUUAACUUUUUAUCAGCAACAGUGAUGUGGGAUUUUUUACAAAAUUUACCACAAUGUUUACCAGAUACUGGUAGAAUUAUUGAAAUGUCAAAAGAUUGUUCAAAGACAUCAGUUGGUAGGGGUAGAGUUUUAAUUAGAUUAGCAUUGAAUGAAGGUCGUUUAGAAGAGUAUAUCUCUGCAUUAUGUUAUUGUGAAGAUGUAUUGAAAUCAUAUUAUAAAGAGAAUGCAGUUUUAAGAAAUCAAGAAUUUCUAGGACUAUUUCAAGGUUUAAUUUCAAUGUUAUCUCAUAUUCAAUUUAGUUUAGUCGUUAAAGAUAAAGAUUUAGAUAAACCAAAUUAUUGGGAAGAUAUAGCUUUAACUUUAUUAACAAAUGUUGAUAGAACUAUAACAAGAGUUGUUCAUCAUACAAUUAUUGAACAAGUACCAGUAUUAGUUCAAGCACCACCAUCAACACAAUCAAAUGAACAACAAACAGCAACUACUACUACUACUACUACUACUACUACUACUACUACUACUACAGUAUCACCAGAAUUAAAUAUACCAAUAAUUGUUCAAAGCGAAGAACAACAACCAAAACCAAUAGAAAUAGUACAACCACAAAUAGAAGUAACAACAACAACAACAACAACAACAAAUGAAAAACAAACAGAAGAGGAAGAAAAACAAAAAGAAAAAGAAGAAAAAGAAGAAGAUGAAGUACAAAAAAAAACAGAGUUAAUACCAACAACAACACCAACACCAACAACAAUAAUAACAACAACACCAAAACAAUUUACACCAAAUACAACAACACCACCAUUAACACCAAAGUUAAAAUUAUUAAAAGAACAAGAAUUUAAUAAUAUUAUGACAUCAUCUACAUCAUCAAUUAGUUUGGAGGAAUUAGAGAAUGUUUUAACUGAAAUUACAACAGAGAAUUCAAAUAAUAAUAAUAAUAAUAAUAAUAGUAAUAAUAAUGGUGGUGGUGAUGAUGAUACUGAAUCAAUAACAAAUACUAAUAUACCACCAUUACCAGAAUAUGAACAAAUUAAAAUUACAGAAGAAGAUUUCAAGAGAUGGGAUUCAUUAAUUGAUCAAUUAACAAAGUCAAAGAAAAAGGUGAUUUUAGAUUUUGGUGCUAAAGGGUCAUCAAUGACAAGUACUGAUAAAUGUUUACAAUCAUUAUGGUAUUCAAUUGAUUUAAUUCUAACAAAUGAAAUUAGAUUAUCAGAUUCUGUUCAAUCAUUAUGGGAUUGUUUAUCAUUAAUUUCAUUAACUGAUUAUGAAAAUAGUAUUAAUAAUAGUAAUAAUAAUAAUAAUAAUAAUAAUAAUAAUAAUAAUAAUAAUAAUAAUAAUAAUAAUAAUAAUAAUAAUAAUAAUAAUAAUAAUAAUAAUAAUAAUAUUAAAUUACAAGAUUAUAAUGGUGAUUAUAAUUUAAAUGAGAUUAUAAAAUCAAUUGAAUCAAUUUAUUUAAAUAAUUUUAAAAGGAUUAGAGCAUUCUAUUAUUAUGGAUUUAGUAAUAAUAGUGUUUCUAAUAUUAAUAAUAAUAAUAAUGGUCAAUCAUUAAAAUCAAAUUUUGUAGAUUUCUUAACAAGAUUUUUCAAUAUUUAUGAUUUUCAAAAAUAUUCAUCAUUAAUUAGGCUUUAUAAAAAGAAUUCUUUUGUAAUGCAAAAAGAUUAUAUGUUAAAAUUCUUUGAUAUUUUAGCUGAUAUUAAUAAUACUGUAACUUUUAAAUUAAAAUGGGAUAAGGAUGUUCAUACUUUAAUUGAAAUUCAACAACAACAACAACAACAACAACAACCAAUUCAACAACAACAACAACAACAACCACCACAAAAGAAAAUGGUAACUAAAAUUAUUAAAAAGAAAGUAAUCGUAAAGAAAACCAUUACUGUACCAAAGAAAUUGGAUUCAACAACAACAACAUCGUCAGGAACUUCUUCAAUAAAUUCUGAACAACAACAAGAUGAAGAAGAAUUAGAAGAUGAAAAGAAACAAUUAAAUGAUGGCAGUAGUAGUGGUGGUGGUGAUAAUUUUGAAAAUGGUGGUGAUCUUGAAAAAGAAAAAGAAAAAGAUGAUGAUACAGAUAUUUCAAAAAUUGAAUCAAUUUUAAAUGAUGAUAAUGAUAAUGAUACUACUUUAAAUGAAAUUCAACAACAACAACAACAACAGCAACAACAACAACAACAACAACAACAACAACAACAACAACAACAACAACAACAACAACAAAGAGAAUUUGAACAACCAAUUAGAACAGAUUCACCACCUUUACAACAACCACAACCACAAAGAAUAUUAAACUUAACAUCAAGUAUUGAUAGUGUAAAUAGUAUAAUCGAUGAACAACCAAUAUCAGCUAGAGAUGAAGAAAAUAAUAAUAGUAAUAACAAUAAUGUUAAUAAUAAUAACCUUGUAAUAAAAUCAACAAUAACAACAACAACAACAGAUAAUAUAAAUGAAAAAGAAAUUAAAGAAAAUUUAGUGGGUGAAGAAUUCGAAGAAGAGAAAAAAGAAUUUAGUGAAGAAAAUAAUACUACUACUAUUAGAAAGAAUAAUAGUAUUGGUAAUAUUAGUAAUGAUGGUAGUGAGAAAUCAAAAGAUGAAGAGGAAAUUCAAAAAUUAGAGAUUUUAAUGCAUUCUAGAUUAGUACCAGAAAGAAAAUCAACUUUAUCAGAGGUAAUGAAAAAAGAAAAAGAAAAAGAGAAAUUCAUUUCAACCGUUGUUGCUGGUACUUUAUCGAAAUCAAAUUCUCAAAUUGCAUUAAAUGAAAGUUUUGAUAAUAAUGAUAUUAUUGAUAAUAGUAAUAAUAAUAAUAAUAAUAAUAAUAAUAAUAAUAAUAAUAAUGAAAAUAAUAAUAAUAAUAAUAGUAAUAAUACAGUUUUAAAUAAAAAUAAUAGUAAUGGUAGUAUUAAUAGUAGUAAUAAUGAUAAUCCAGAUGAUGUAAAUUCAGAACAUUUUCAAAAUUUAUUAUCAAGUUUAAAAUCAUCACAAGAACCAAUUGAAUUUAGAUAUCAAUCAAAUCCAACCUAUUCAUCAUAUACUGAUAGUUAUACAACCAAUGAUACAUUUUCAUCAUCUUUUACUCAUAAUAUUGGUAGUUUACCAUCAUUAUCAGAUAAAUUAAAAUCAUCCUCUUCAAUAGAAUAUCAAAUGAUUCAAGAUUAUUUCGAUGAUGAUGAUCAAGUUGCUGCUAACGGUAAUGGUAAUAAAAAGAAUAAAAACCCAUUAAUGGGUGAUGAUGGUCAAUUAUUUAAUAAUACACUUUAUAGAACAUCAACUAUUAAAGCACAAUAUCAAAAUCAAAGAGUUUGUCCAGAUUGUCAUAUUCAAUUGGACAGAUUGGGAUUCUUUAAGAUGAAAAUUUGUUAUUACACUGGUAAAUAUUAUUGCCAUAAUUGUCAUUCUGGUCAAAAAUCAUUAAUACCCGCAAGAAUACUUUGGCAUUGGGAUUUCAAAUUAUUCCCAGUUUGUGAUUCCGCCAAAUCCUAUAUCACUCGUAACUUUUCUCAUCCAUUUGAUAUUUUCCAAUUUAAUCCUGAAUCAAUUUCAUUAUCAUCACGUUUAGCUAAAAUUUUAUCCUUUAGAACUAAACUUCAUUUCAUUGGUGAAUAUAUAGAAAGUUGUAGAAGUAGAGUAACCUUGGAUUCUUCUUUACCUCAUGUUAAUGAUUAUCUUAUCUCUGGUAAUGUUAAUCUUUACUCUCUAAUGGAUUUAGAUAAAAUUAAUAGUGGUAAUUCUUUAGAAUUAAUAAUUCAAGAGGUAAUGGAAAAAUAUAUUAAUCAUGUUACAAAUGAUUGUAUUACUUGUAAAGGUAAAGGAUUUAUUUGUGAAUUUUGUGAUAAUGAUGAAUUAAUAUUUUCUUGGAUGAGUUUAGAUACACAAAAUUAUUCAAAAUGUGAUAAAUGUUUCACUCUUUCACACAAGAAAUGUUAUUCAAAAGAUUCAUGCCCAAAAUGUAUUCGUAUUUCUAGAGUAAAAAGUCAUAGAAAUACAACUGUGCAUCUUCAAUUAAAGUAA